UCUUCCUCCUCUCCUCCUCCUAUUCCUCCUCCCCUACGCCGCAUCUUCACCUCCUCCGCCGCCUCCCUCCUCCUCCCCUCUCGCUCCUUCUCCGCCGCUCCCGGGGGGUCGGGACUCGUCCUCGUCAAAUCCGCGGAGGAGUUCAAGGAUUCGAUGAAGAAGGUCCAGGAUGAGAAGUUUCCAGCGAUCUUCUAUUUCACGGCUGUUUGGUGCCCGCCUUGCAAGUAUCUCUCUCCAGUAGUAGAAAAGAUGAGUGGCAUGUACCCACACGUCACCACGUAUAAGGUCGAUAUUGAUCAGGAGGGAAUUGACAGCGUAUUAGGGCCACUAGGGAUUUCUUCUGUGCCGACGCUCCAUUUCUUUCAGAAUGGCCAGAAGGCUUCUGAAAUAAUUGGCGCCGACGUGCGACAACUUGAAACCACCAUGGAAAAGCUAUACAAGUAGAUCUUCGGUUAUCACAUUUCUUUAGCAGGCAGAAAUAAAAGUUUGGUUGAAGCAGCAGGGCUUGCAUUUGAUACAUAAAGAAAGAGCUUUUGAUACUGUCAAUUCAAGUCACAGGCACUUUUCCUCUCCCCAUUUCCUUUUCACUUGCUGCCUUAAUGCUAUUUAAUGAGUAUGUGUUAUUACCGUUUCUUCACCCUUUUUGUUUUUAAUUUGUAUUUUCUUUUCUUUUUUUUUUAGUAUGCUUUAUAGUGUUUAAGGAAAACAGUUUGCUUUCAAAGUUUUACAUCUAUCUACAGCUAGUAAUUUGGCAGUUUCUGAUUUGCUUUUCUCA